AUGAAGGGCAGUGUACUAAGCUUAGUGGCUACGGAAUCUCCACUUAGCAGUUUAUUUGACGCAUUGAUGGAACGUUCAUCAUCAUGGCAGCGGCUCGUUCGAGUUACAGCCUAUGUUCUACGCUUUAUUCACAAUGCUCGGAAGACGUCACGCAGGCCUGACGCUAAAACACUUUCGUUCGAUGAAACCAAGGAGGCGCGCAUCCUUUGGCUACAACAGGCUCAAAGCUGUUUCCAGGAAGACAUUAAGCAAUUAAAACGAAAUGAUGAGGUGAGCUCGCAUUCAAAGCUUCUGCAGUUAGCUCCGUUCGUUGACGAGUUCGGCCUACUACGGGUAGGUGGGCGGAUUCGAAAUUCAGAAUUGCCAACGGAAACGCAGCACCCGGUUAUCCUCCCAAAGGAACAUCGUGCAACGCAACUCAUACUUAUCGACGAGCACAUUCGUAAUUUACAUCCAGGAGUCUCAGCGUUGUUUGUGAUAGUGCGGCAGAGGUAUUGGAUUUUGGGAGCUAGAAACCUGAUUCGAAAGAUUACGCAUAAUUGCAUCAAAUGUUAUCGACAGAAGCGCACCUCUACACAGCAAUUCUUGGCAGAUUUACCGGCGAUACGUGUUCGCCAAGCACACCCCUUCCAACAUAUCGGCGUUGAUUACGCUGGGCCGCUAACUUUGAAUAAAUAA